GUGAUUUCCAGUAAUGACGUUGGGAAAGUACAGUCAGGACGUUACUUUAUCGUGUUUUAAACUAUAGGCCUACAUGUAUUUUGCUUAAAUACAGCGAGUUGUCUCACAAAUGGAGGGAUGAGGACUGUUUAGGAUUUACAGUGGACGUUUGUUGCUCAUCAUGAAUUUUGACUCUCUGUCCAUAUGAAGACAAUGUUGGAGCUUCGUUUGCUCAUGUUUCUUUACUUUCCAGUGCUCGAUGCAAUCCCUGCUCCAGUUACAUUUAAAAUAUUGUCUCACAACUUUAAACACAUUUUACAAUGGAGCCCUGGAAUAAAUUCUUCAACAAGCACUGUUUUCAAUCUAAAGCAAAGGUGCGGUACUGGAAAGCCUAUAUUUCACCUUAACAUCAGAAAUACGACACUAGAUGUCUCUCAAUCAUUAGUGGACAUCUACACACAAUGUACAUUCUCUAUUUGGGCAUCACUUGACAACGAAACAUCAUCCAAAGUUGAGAAAAGUAUAACACCAUAUGAAGAUACUGUUAUAGGUCCACCCACUGUAUUUCUUUCUGGUUGUGGAGACUGUUUGAAAAUCAAUGUGUCACUGCCCAGAGGUUCUGGAAAAAAGAACGACCUUGACCAGUUUUAUAAUUCUGUGUAUUUCAAUUUAAACUGGAAGAAAGCAGGAGAGGAGAAGGUCUACCAGAAUAUCAUAACAGGUAGAGAGCAUGUUCUACAGAAUCUAAAGCCUCAUGAUAAGUACUGUAUUAGAGUACUUCCCAAGAUCAAUUCAAAUCGCAACACUCGCAGCUCUGACUGGCAGUGUGAAUACACUAGUAAAGAAGAGUUUGAACAAGUGUUAUAUAUAGUGGGUGGUUCAGUGGGAGCUGUUUUCAUUGGAUUGGUUUUGCUGAUGCUGGCAAGCAGCCUAUUCUACACUGGGUUCAUAUGUAGGGUGAAGACUCUUCUGCCUAAAGGACUGCGAAAUAUAGUAAAAGUGUACUACUUGAACCCUGAAUGGACAGUGAAUGAGAAUGUAUUACUGAGUGAUGUUCAAAUGACCAGAUCUAAAAAUGAUCCCACCAGAAUCAGUCCUUUAUUAUAUAUUGAUGAAGCGUCACAUAAAAAGCAACAUAAAGAAGAUGGCCUUGACCAGGCAGACACAGAGGAUGAUGAAGAAUAUGAUGAAGAAGAUGAGGAAGGAAACUUCACCUACAUGGGUUGCAUGAUUAAAGACUGUGAUUCGCAAGGUACUAGUAAUAAAGAAGACGGCAUAGUUUCAGCUUUGCCCCUCCUUUAUAGCUCCAGUAUCUGUAGCACAGGGGAUAAACCAGUUCUGCAUCUCAGCCCUGUAACUACACUAUCCCCUGACAUUCAUAGCGAUGAAGAUGAGAAUAAGGUGGAAGUGAUGUCAGAGGUGUCCGGUGAAAAAGACAAACAUCCUAAAUUGAGAUUUGAGCCAGAGGGAAAUGCAGAUGUUUCAAAUGCUACAGGGAAUGUCAACUUAUUCUCUGUCACUUUAAGACCUUUUGGAUCAGAAGAACACGAAAAUGUUUUGCAUGAGGAUAAAAGAACUUCAGUUCAAAAAGAACUUUACGGAAUCCCACCACCUGUACAUUCAGAAAUGAAAACAGAUGAUCCGAUAACAAAGGGAAGUCAAAAGCAUCUGUUUGUGUUCUCAUUUGAUCCGGACAUACAGACUAUUCAGGACACAAAGUCGAGCUCUACAGCGACCGUCACAGGAGAUAUGCAUGAACAAGAUAGUUGCUCAUAUGAUGAGACUGAUGAUAGUGAUACAGGCUAUAUAAUGCGAUAAACACUUAAAAUGUUUAUUUUAAGAAAAGCUUUCCUGUAGCUCAGUGGUAAGAGCAUAGCGUUAACAACGCCAAGGUCGUGCGUUCGAUCCCAGAGGAUUGCACAUACUUAGAAACAAAUGUAUAGAAUAAUGCAAUGCAAGUCGCUUUGGAUAAAAGCAUCUGCCAAAUCCAUAAAUGUAAAAAUAUACUCAGACGUUAAGGUAAUGUAACCUUACUCUUACUGUCAAAUAUUUUUCUAAAGGAACAGCACAUGUCGUUUGGCACGGUGACGGGUUUACAUUUCAAAAUAUAUGUAUAUUUUUUUAUCAAGCACAUACCCUUAAAGGAGUAGUAAAAUAACUUUUUUUUUAACUUCCAUAGUAGGAAUAAAUUGGUUUAUCAUUACUUAUUGACAGUCAAACCAUGCAGAUCACAUUUACAUUAAAGGUUUUAAGGAAUUGUUUGACCUAAAUGCAUUUCAGAUAGGAUUAUUGAAUAUUAGAUCAUUAGGGUCAAGUCAGUUAUAGAUAACAAGGGUUCACUCAAAACAAGCUGAGUCAGAGUUCAGCCAUUAUGCCACCCUUUGCUGGAAUCUGCUUCCAGAAAACAUCAGACGUGGUCCAACAGUAGCCACUUUACAUCCAGACUAAAAACACAUUUGUUUAGCCGUGCGUUUAUAAACUUGAGCCCUGUGCUGCUUCACACUAACUGCACUUUUAUUUUUCUUUCAAUUUUAUUCUUUUAUAUUUUUGUUUCCAUUUAUUUGUUGUUCUAAAUUCUGUUCUUUUGUGUAUUUGUGAUAUUAAUCAUUUACUUACUUAAAAAGGUCUUAUGCAUCAUGCUUACGUAAUGCACUUUGAAUUCAUUUGUGUACAAACUGUGCUAUAUAAAUAAAACGCCUUGCCUUG